UUACAGUAGCAAGAGAGCUAGCUGCUCCAGUUGUUCCCGGGCAGGAGAAUUUGAAAGGGUGCCCCAAAGGACAAUCCACCUUCUCUGACAGGAGGAAAAAUGCUUAUUUUUUAUGUUUUACGAGAAAACCCACUUCUCAGCCAACCUUAGCUUCAAGGCAUACUCUAGAUACAAGAAGCCUGUCUCAACUUGAAGACACCCGUAUCAGGUGAAUGGACAGCCAGCCACCGCAAUGAAAGAAAUCAAACCAGGAAUAGCCUAUGCUGAACUCAUGCCUCAACCAUCCCCGAGUGUUUCCUGACACACGUUCUUGCUUACAGCGCAUCACCACUAAAGAAUGGGGCUCAACUUGACACUUGCAAAACUACCAAAUAACGAGCUGCAUGGACAAGGCGGUCACACUCCAAGUAACACGAGUGAUGGAACGGGAAAGAACGCCACCCUUAACAACGAAUUUGACACUAUCGUCUUGCCUGUGCUUUACUUCAUUAUCUUUGUGGCAAGCAUCUUGCUGAAUGGUCUAGCAGUGUGGAUCUUCUUCCAUAUCAGGAAUAAAACCAGCUUCAUAUUUUAUCUGAAAAACAUAGUGGUGGCUGACCUCAUAAUGACAAUGACAUUUCCAUUUCGAAUAGUCCAUGAUGCAGGAUUUGGACCUUGGUACUUCAACUUUAUCCUCUGCAGAUACACUUCCGUUCUUUUUUAUGCAAACAUGUAUACUUCCAUCGUGUUUCUCGGGCUGAUAAGCAUUGAUCGCUAUCUGAAGGUGGUGAAGCCAUUUGGGGACUCUCGCAUGUACAGCAUAACCUUUACGAAGGUUUUAUCUGUUUGUGUUUGGGUGAUCAUGACUGUUCUGUCUUUGCCAAACAUCAUCCUAACAAAUGGCCAACCAACUAAGGAAAAUAUCCAAGACUGCAUGAAGCUUAAAAGUCCCUUGGGAAUCAAAUGGCAUGAGGCAGUCAUCUACAUUAACAGCUGCCUGUUUGUGGCUGUGCUGGUGAUUCUGAUUGGGUGUUACAUAGCCAUAUCCAGGUACAUCCACAAAUCCAGCAGGCAAUUCAUAAGUCAGUCAAGCCGAAAGCGAAAACACAACCAGAGCAUCAGGGUGGUUGUGGCUGUGUUUUUUACCUGCUUUCUACCAUAUCACUUGUGCAGAAUUCCUUUUACUUUUAGUCACUUAGACAGGCUUUUAGAUCAAUCUGCACACAAAAUCCUGUACUACUGCAAAGAAAUGACACUUUUCUUGUCUGCAUGCAAUGUAUGCCUGGAUCCAAUAAUUUACUUUUUCAUGUGUAGGUCAUUUUCAAGAAGGCUGUUCAAGAAAUCAAAUAUCAGAACCAGGAGCGAAAGCAUCAGAUCACUGCAAAGUGUCAGAAGAUCCGAAGUCCGCAUAUAUUAUGAUUAUACUGACGUGUAGAGAUUAGAGGCCACUAAGCCUUCUCUUGUUUGUAAGCAUCAAUAUGUACAAAGUGUAAAUAAAUAUUUCUUUUCAUUAUCCUU